UUGUUUAAACAGCUCUACCGUUAUGAUGAGGAAUUGGCUCCCUCUUUCCGCCUCAUGGGCAAUUAAUUAGACCUCUCUUUAAAUUUUCAGCAUCCUAUGUGUGUUGUAUCGACUUGUAGGAGACAUUUCGAGUUAUAAAUCCAUCUUCAGUCGCGUGUGGAGAGCGUAGCUACGCUGUUUGAGGAGAAGACACUUUUUAUACCUUCUGGAUGGAGGGUCGGCGCGGAAGGCAGUCGGUCAGUGACUGUGUGGAUUAAGCGGGGAGGAAAGUGCUUGUAAAGGUGCGGUGGUGAGAAGGUAUCCCUGUUGAGAUUUUAUUUGACUUAACGGGUUUAAUGCGGACAAAAGCUCGCGCUCGAGCGAGGUGCGUCGACGGGCGGGAGGAGAAUGGCACGAGCUUCCGCGCUUCUGAGGGGAAAACAAGUACUUGGCUUUCUUGAGGGGCGUCGGGCACAUUGCGCAGGAAUUUGACUGUCCCUCAGAGUACGUUUUCUGGAGAUAUCUAUCCAUUACGUCGAAAGGGAAAAAACCCAUUGGAUUUUAGUGGUUUUGGAUAUGGGCUUUGGGGAGUUGGAUGCCUUCAUAUCACGCGCACCUUUGAAUUUAGUGUGAAUCCAGUGGAACACAACAUGGGAAAAUAUGACAAGUGAGAAGAUUCGGUUCCUCUGACCCUCGGUGCUUCAAGCCGGACUGGCGUUCCUUCUGCUAGGUGUAAAAACCUGAUUUACAAUGGAAAAACUGCUUGUCUGCUUGUUGGUUAUCGGAAUGGCAGUGAAGGCCCAGAUCUGUCCAAAGCGCUGCGUCUGUCAAGUUCUGUCCCCCAACCUCGCAACACUCUGUGCCAAAAAAGGGCUGCUCUUUGUUCCGCCCAACAUAGACAGGCACACCGUGGAGCUCCGGCUCGCUGAUAACUUUGUCACCAGUGUAAAACGGAAAGACUUGGCCAACAUGACCAAGCUGGUGGAUCUUACUUUGUCAAGGAAUACAAUAAGCUACAUCACUCCACAUGCGUUCGCGGACUUGGAUAACCUACGAGCCUUGCAUCUAGACCACAACCGGUUGACGCGAAUAGCCAACGAUGUCUUCAGUGGCAUGUCUAAGCUGCAUCACCUGAUUCUGAACAACAACCAACUGAUCCUCAUCCACAUGGGAGCCUUUAAUGACCUACUAGCCCUCGAAGAACUGGACUUAUCCUACAACAACCUGGAGACCAUCCCCUGGGAGGCCAUUCAAAAGAUGACCAGCCUACACACUCUUAGUCUGGACCAUAACAUGAUCGAAUACAUUCCUGAGGGGACUUUUUCCCUCUUACAGAAGCUCAACCGCUUGGACGUGACCUCCAACAAGCUCCAGAAGCUUCCACCGGACCCGCUUUUCCAGCGGGCGCAGGUUCUGGCCACGUCUGGUGUACUGAAUAUCCCAGAGGAGGAGUUCCUCUGCGAGCCACCCCUCAUCACCCGCCACUCUCACGAGAUGAGGGUCCUGGAGGGCCAACGGGUAGCAUUAAAGUGCAAAGCUAGGGGAGAUCCGGAACCUGCCAUUCACUGGAUAUCUCCCGAUGGGAAGUUGGUUUCAAACUCAUCACGCACGCUGGUUUACAACAACGGAACUUUGGACAUCCUGAUUAGCACAGUAAAGGACACGGGCUCUUUCACAUGCAUUUACUCAAAUCCUGCCGGGGAGGCCCACCAAACCGUGGAGCUGGUCAUCAUCAAGCUUCCGCACAUUAGCAACAGCACUAAUAACAUCCAAGAGCCUGACCCGGGCUCUUCUGACAUCUCCACUUCGACAAGGGCAGGAGCAAAUGGCAGCAACCACACCGGCGAUGCCAAAACCAGCUCUGAUAAGAGGGUGGUUAUGUCAGAAGCCACCUCAUCCACAGCACUCAUCAAAUUUAACUUUCAGAGGAAUAUACCUGGAAUACGCAUGUUUCAGAUUCAGUAUAAUGGAACCUAUGAUGACUCUCUUGUUUACAGAAUGAUUCCCCCAACGAGUAAAAACUUCCUGGUGAAUAACCUGGCCGCCGGGACGCAGUACGACCUCUGUGUGCUGGCCAUUUACGACGACGGCAUAACCUCCUUGACGGCUACGCGGGUUGUGGGCUGCGUGCAGUUCACCACUGAAUCUGAAUAUCUGCGCUGCCACUUCAUGCAGUCCCAGUUCUUGGGCGGCACUAUGAUCAUCAUCAUCGGGGGCAUAAUCGUCGCCUCCGUCCUCAUCUUCAUCAUCAUCCUCAUGAUCCGCUACAAGGUGUGCAACAGCGGCGCCGCCGCCAAGGGGACCUCGGUCACCGACGUGCACUCUCAAACCAACGGGGCACAAUCCCAAGGCUGUACCGUCACACCGUCUGCCUCCAAACAAGGUGCUUUCAGCUUAGAGGAGGGCGAGGGGUGCAAAAAGAGCUCCGCCGCACCUCUUCCUCCCCCUCCAGAUUCCCAAACCCACACCUCAGAGACUUCCAUCCCAGACUGCACCACCUCCACUUCCCUGAUAAGCCAAAGCUGGACAACUCCCGGCUCUUCAGGGUCACUAAAGCCAAAGCGCAAACCAGCGCCAAAGCCUGUCCCGGCGGCCGGCGCCGAGCCCAAAGUAGAGGCGCUACCUAAUGCAGAGACGCAAAACACCAACCGCAACAACUCCACCGCUCUUCAGCAGCCAGUCCCAACCCCUCCAUCUAGCUUCAAAGACACUCCAAUUUUAAGGAGGGCUCGUCCGUCUUCGUCCAAGUAUAUGACACUGCCCGUGGAAGGAGCACGGGCUAAACGCAGGUACUCUUUGAACGAGAACCUGUCGAAACAUCACUGCUACAUUGGCUCGCAGAAACUGGGCAACGUGUUUUGCAAGCGGAGUAUGUCUGUGAAUGGAAUGCUAGUCCAAAUGGCGAACUCAAAUCUAGACAGUGAGAAAACUGCCUUUUCCAGUUCAGAGUGGAUUCUAGAGAGCACCGUGUGAAUGUACGACUGCUGGAGACUAGAUGGAGUGUCUGCAUCUCAUUGUGUACGUGCGUUCGAGUAUGUGUGUGUGUGUGUGUGUGUGGGUGUGCAUAGGCGCUCAUAGUAUAUAGAUCGUAUGAAUGAUCGUAUGAAUGUGCACGUUUUGCACCAUUUCUUUUGUUUCCAUCUGCAAAUCAUAUUUUCUGCUGUCUUUUUAUUAAUGUUUUUGGAAACCCAUGGAUUAAUGUGGAUGUUUACCUUGAGGGAGGUUCGAGAGCCGCUCUGAGCAAGAUCCAUCACCCGAGAGAGACACGCCUCCAUCUUCACUGCACACGCCGAGCAUCACGGUAAGAGGAAAGCAUUGGUGCCUUCCUGUGACCUCUUACCUGGGGCUCCUACUGGAUACAAGCUUUGUAUCGGUUACCUGGAUGGAAGGAAAAAUUAGAUUUCACAAAAAAGCCUUUCUAUUCAAGGAAAUGACAUUUCCUGCAUAUUAUAGAGAAACUCUUAAUGGGGAAAAAAACAACUAUAUAAGGACGUGAUAC